UAAGUAAAUAAGGUAGAUAAAAUAUAUGAAAACAUUUGCCACUUGUGUACAACAGUGAAGAGUUCAACACCUUUCACAAUGUCCAAAGUUAACCAACAACAGAAAAGGGCAAUGAAGCGACUGAUGCUGGAUUUGCAGGAGCUCGAAAAAUCGCCCGUGGAAAACGUUUCUGCCUCCCCACUGGAAAGCAACAUGCUAGAAUGGCAUUGCAACUUUCUAUGUAACGGCGUCUUGUAUCAUCUCAUUCUAUUUUUCCCGCAAAAUUACCCGUACAAAUCGCCGAGCGCUGAAUUCGUGCCUCCUGGGUUUAGCUACAGAGGCGGCGCCACAAAACCAGGAAAGAAAGGAACACAAGUGUGCCUGUCCAUCUUCUCGGACUUUGCCGAAUGGCAUCGGGAAUGGGCGAACGAGAAGAACGCUGGCUGGUCACCGGGUUACACUGUGCAGACCGUCCUGUUAAAUAUGUUGUCUUUCUUAGCAGAGAUUCAAGGGGAUUGCUCCUAUAAUGCUAACCUCACUAAAAAUUUCAAGUGUGCCGACUGCGGACAUACCACCAAAAAACCGUACCCACCUCUCAAAAAAGACUCCAAGGUGAGCAAGAAGGAAACUGGUGGCAACAACAAACGAGACAUUGUGUGUUACAUUUCCAAAGAUAAGCUCAGUCCGACGGCAAAACCGAAGAGCAACGCGGAACUAUUUGGUUUCGGUCUGGCGGUUUCGGGUCCCACUCACAGGCCGUCUCUGACGACACCAUGCGAGUUCCUCAGUGGGGAAUCCUUCUUUAGCAUGAUGGGUUCAGUGGGUGUUGUACACAGCAUCAUGAAGGAACCCCUGAAGUUUUUCCUGCCACUGUACCUUCAUCCAAACCACGGUUCCGCCAUUAAAGACCAGAUAGAGAAAACGCUCCGCGAAGUAGCCGCAAUCCUACCAAAAUGCAACCCCAAGAAGACUCCUAUAGAAGACAUGAUCAUUAAAGUCAUCCCAAAUCUGAUGUCGGCAACUGUGGUUGAGUUCUCCAAAGGAACGCAACACACCAGUGACAACCAUCUCUGUGGCUACUUCGCUCUUCACAGACUGUUCUUAUGGGCGCUAGAAACAUACCCGGACCUUCAAGAUAAAGUCGACGAACUGCUAAGAGUAUUUAUCGAAGACGAAUCUGCUCGGACAAAGAAGGAGUGUCCACACAUCGCUGAGAGGCUGAUACUUCUGUCUGCUUCUGCCAAGUACAGGUGGAAAGACGCGGCUGAGGCGUAUCUCUCAGAAAGUUGGAGACGUAAUGUGAUGUGGUAUGUUAAGGAAGACGCUGAGCUGGGAUACCUGACAACCCCAAAAGAAUACCGACUUGACAUGACCCUGAAGAAAACAGAAGUCAGUCGCAAGAUUCUGGCAUUUCAGGUUCUCUUUUUGGACAUCGCCAUGCCGGAAGGGAUGAGUCACAAGGAUCUCAAGCGUCGCUAUGACAACAACUUUGGAUUUCCUACCGACGCCAUGGUGAAAGAAAUGAAGGAGGCCUGUGGUCGGAGGAUCAACUCUAUGAAAUCCUAUACAGACUGGUACAAUGUGCUGAAACUUAAACCCCUUAGCGAUGAUGAGAUUUUCGGCAGAUUGCUGAAGGCGGUGCACUUUGCCAUAGAAACGGAUGGCUACCACUGGAGUUUCUUCAAAAACGCGGGCGGAUGGCCAAAUGUGCUUAAGGUAUAUAAGGAACACAAGAAAACCGGAAAACUGAAAGAGAUCCUCGGGAAACAGUUUGAAGAAAACCUUGGUGGGAAGGGAAGGGGAAGGGAAAGACUAGCCCUCCUACAGAGGAGACUAAACCCAAAGCUGCGCCAAAAGGACGAGGGAAAGGAGGACCGGACGCUAGAGAUGAAGAAGAGGACAUGGAGGUCGAUGAAAAGCCUAAAGUCACAGCCGCUAGAGGGCGUGGCGGAGGAGCAGCGCGUGGUCGUGGUAAAGCUGUUGCCAAGACGCAAGAAGAGGUAGCAUCACCGGUGGGGAAAAGGGGGCGUAAGAGAACAGCGUCUCCGGCCCAGGUCGAAGUGAAGGCAAAAUCGCGAAAACGUCGCUGAAUGUACUCAUAAACGUACGAGUAAGUUUAUUUUUUCGGUUCUUACAUUUUAAGAUGGAUUCCAUUAAAGGAAUUACGCAUUGUGCUUUUCAGACCACAAUUCCGAAAGGGGCCCUCAUUCAUUACAAACGUUCCAAACGUUGACGUAUUAUGUAUCGAUGGUGCCUUAUGUGUCAUUGGUUGCAUUACGUGUCAUUCAUGUCCAUUCCUAAUGUAGUUUUUACUUCACUUAUUAAUGCUUGUUGAUGAGAGUUGCGCGUUAAACGCAUACAUGACUUCUCGAUGUUUAAAUAAUGUUCGUUGUGUUCGACAGUGUUGUGUUACGCGUCAUACUCAUGUCUUCACAUCUGAAGUCUAUCAUCUUUCGUCUGAUUUAAGUUGAAAUUUAUGUGUACACGGUUGUGUAAUAAAUUGUUUGUUUUUAUUAACGUAUCAAAACGGUCUUGUACCGAUAAAAGUGAAAUAAAACAUUUCUUACACACAUAUAAAACUUGGUUUACUAUCCUAUUACU